AGAUUUCAAAGAUGAAAUAUAAGGAGAUAUUCUCAGAUCCUUUAGAUUUUCCUGCUAAUAAAAUGCACGUUAAUGAUGGAGAAUUACCCUCUGUAAAUAACGAAUUAUCAGUGACUUUGCGAUUAAAUGUUCAGAAUCAUGAUGCAGGUUGGCAGAGUAUCUUUCAUAAAGGAGUAGAUAAUAAUACUCGAACUCCCAGUAUUUGGUUAUGUCCGAACACCUCAGAACCUACCGCCAGAUUCUCGACAAAUGAUAACUACAAUAAUGGUUUAACAAUUCCUAUUGGGCUUAAACUAAAUAAAUGGUAUCAUAUAGCCUAUACACUUUCAGAACCUCUUAAGCGUAUGGACUUUUACUUAAAUGGAAAAUGGGUUGGGUUCAAGAGCAUUGAAUUUGUCCAGACGCAAAGUGUCAAGUUCAACAAAGAUCAAUUGCAUAUUGGAUGUGCUACAAAUCAUGCAGAUUUUGCGGGAAAAAUGAG